CCCCAAUAUAACCACAAUUAAGAGAGAAAGGGAACGGUACAACUAGGCGGUAGAACAGGAGUGAUCGAAAGUUGAAAUAAAGAAAGGGCGAGAAACUGAGUUUACAUCAAGGGGCGCUUUAAAGAACGUCUGAAAAGACAUGAGAUUUGCCUAGAUUCUGGCAGUUUUACCAACUGAGGAGGACGCCAUUUGACUCGUCACCUUUGUUGAGAAGAAACGGGCGAUUUUUUUUCUUUAGGUGGACUGACACCUCGAGUAUCAUGGGUUCCAAAAGGCACCGCUCAACCACGGUGGCAACUUUAUUUCACAUGAGCUGCUCACUUUUAAUCACAUGCAUUUUUCCUUGGACCGUCGCGUUCAACUUGGAUGUAGAAAACCCGUCAAUAUAUAGCGGACCCGCAGGCAGCUAUUUUGGUUAUUCUGUGGACUUUUAUAUGGCACAGUCGGCACGAGAUGCAAGCAUUAUAGUUGGAGCACCAAAAGCUAAUACCAGCCAGCCAGACAUCACAGAGGGAGGAUCUGUGUUCUACUGCCCAUGGGGCCGUAACCUGUCUGACUGCCACAGCAUAGAGUUUGACCGGAAACAAGAUCUUAAUUUGAACAACAAUGUUGAAACCCAAGAAUUCAAGUCCCACCAAUGGUUUGGAGCAACUGUUCGCACACAUGAAGACUCUGUCUUGGCUUGUGCUCCACUUUACUCCUGGAAAACCCAACAGGACCCACCUGGGACAGAUGUCACUGGCUCCUGCUACCUGUCCACUAAAAACUUCACCAAAUUUGUGGAAUAUGCUCCCUGUCGCACAGAAUUCCAUGGAAUGAAAGGCCAAGGUUAUUGUCAAGGUGGAUUUAGUGCUGACUUCACCAAGGAUGGGAAGGUAGUGCUUGGAGGACCUGGCAGCUAUUUUUGGCAAGGACAACUUAUCUCUGCUGUGAAGGAGGAAAUCAUCAAGGCCUACUACCCAGGCUAUUUUCUAACGUCAGUGGCAGGCCAGAUUCAGACCAAACAGAAAAAAGAGAUCAACUUUGAUGACAGCUACAUGGGUUACUCUGUUGCAGUAGGAGAAUUUAAUGGCGAUGAUGAUGAAGACUUUGUGACAGGAGUUCCCAGAGGUGUACUUCUGCAUGGUCAGGUGUCGAUUCUUAAUGGCUCAUUGGAAACCAUGAAAACUUUUAUUGGUGAACAGAUGGGCUCCUACUUUGGUUAUGCUGUGGCUGCUACAGACAUCAACAAUGAUGGACUUACAGACUUGUUAGUUGGUGCUCCCAUGUUCAUGGUGCGUGACUCAGAUGGAAGGUUGGAGGAAUUAGGGCGAGUUUAUGUGUAUCUUCAGAUGGGUCCUCUUGAGCUUACACCACAUCACCCUCACCUCACUGGCACGCAAAUUUUCAGUCGGUUUGGCAGCUCAAUCACACCGCUGGGAGAUCUCAACCAAGAUGGCUUUAAUGACAUUGCUAUCAGUAGUCCAUUUGGUGGGAAAGAUGAACAAGGAUUGGUCUUCAUCUAUAAUGGUUAUGCUAAGGGACUCCAGGAGAAGCCCUCUCAAGUGAUUGCUGGUCAGUGGUCAUCAGCCGUCCCUCCCGUUAUUCCUGCAAGUUUUGGAUAUACCAUGAAAGGAGGAAAAGACUUGGAUCACAAUGGCUACCCAGAUCUCAUCGUUGGAGCUUUUGGAGCUGACAAGGCAGUUCUUUACAGAUCUCGGCCAAUUGUUAAUGCGAGUGCCACCUUAGUUGUGUACCCAAUAAUGAUUAAUCCUGAGGAGAAGACCUGCACCAUCAGCAGUGGAAACCAAACCAUACAUGUUUCUUGCGUCAACUUGAGCUUCUGCCUUACAGCCAAUGGGAAACACCUUCCAGAAAAACUAGGGUUUAAUGUAGAAGUGCAACUGGACAAGAUGAAACAGAAGGGAGCUGUCCGUAGGGCUUUGUUUUUGAACACUCAGCAGGCCAGCCUGCAGACCAAACUUAAAGUGCCAAAUGAAGGCAAGGUCUGCAGUGAGACCAAAAUCUACCUGAGGGAUGAAAAGGAAUUUCGGGAUAAGCUCUCCUCCAUCUUUAUCACACUGAACUUCAGUUUGGAUGCACAGGCUCCUGCAGACAAACAUGGCCUCUGGCCAAUUCUUAACUACCAGACCACCGAGCUAAUUGAGCAGAAGGCCCAGAUUUUACUGGACUGUGGAGAAGACAACAUCUGUGUCCCUGACCUGAAACUUUCUGUAAAGGGUGACAGGAAAGAAGUGUACAUGGGGGAUGAUAAUGCGCUAACCCUGACUUUUAAUGCGCGGAAUGAUGGCGGUGGUGCCUAUGAAGCUGAGCUGUAUGUAGUGCUUCCUUCGGAGGCGGACUACAGUGGAAUUGCCCGCAAUAAUGAGAAUCUGACUCAGCUGACAUGCAGCUAUGAGACAGAGAACCAGACGCGCUACCUCAUCUGUGACCUAGGAAACCCCAUGAAGUCUGGCACCAAUUUGUGGGCAGGUCUGCGUUUUACAGUGCCUCGGCUGCAGGAUUCACAGAAGGUGGUACAGUUUGACCUGCAGGUUCGCAGUAAAAACGAGAAUAACUCUCAGAGUGAGGUUGUACCCUAUAGGCUAGAGGUGGUGGUCAAGGCUGAUGUUAUUUUGCAGGGUGUAUCCCGACCAGAUAAGGUUUUCUUCCCACCUCCCAACUGGAAGGUGACCAAGAAUGUUGCAGUUGAGCAAGAAAUUGGUCCUCCUGUGGAGCACAUCUAUGAGUUGGUGAAUAAUGGUCCAAGCCGUAUUAGUCACACGCUGCUUCAACUGAAAUGUCCCAUGAAGAUGCAAGUCCAGAGGUUUAUGUACCCUUUGGAAAUCAUCACUGAGGGGCCUGUUAACUGCACAACGUACAAUAUUGUGAACCCCAUGAACAUAAAGCUUCAGCAGUCCACUGAGCAGCCUCCUUUAUUGAACCACCACAUUGAGAAGCGUGACACACACAAGGGCGAGCUGGCUGUCAUGACAAACCUGUCUUGUUCCAAUGUUGAGUGCUGGACCCUGCAGUGUAAUGUGGGUAUAUUGGAGAAAGGUACCAGUGCCAUACUCCAGGUGCGUUCACGCAUCUGGGGUGAGACUUUCAACAUGAAAAAGUAUAAGAAUUCUAUUCUGGAGUGUGUAGCUAGUUACAAGGUGGAAAAGAUGCCCUAUGCUAUUUUGCCCAAGGAGAUUCCAAGUGGCUCUAAAAUGAUGACAACACCUGUGGUGUGGAAUAAACCAGACAGUCCUCAUGCUGUUCCUUUGUGGAUCAUCAUUUUGGCAAUAUUGGCUGGUCUUCUGUUGCUGGCUUUGCUUAUCUAUGUUCUGUAUAAACUUGGUUUCUUUAAGAGAACUCCCUACGGCACUGCCAUGGAAAAAGCACAGCUGAAACCUCAGGCUGCAUCUGAAGCUUAAAGCAGGCCUGGGACUGUUCAGUAAGGAUGAAAGACCACUGGAUAUCCAUUGCACUGCACUGGACAGAAAGACCCCAAGGACUCAAAGCCAAAUGAAUGUUUUUUUUUUUAAAUGUUCUUUUUGUUGCCUUGUUUUGCUGUGGGUUUGGAUUGCAUACACCAGUAUUAGCCUCACAAUCAGUUGCAAUUUUUAGAGCCUGGUUCUAUGGACCAAAAAUCUCCUACUUAUUCUGCAGGACAAAUUUUAUAUGCAGUGAUCACUGUUUUGAUUUUUUUUUUCUUCUUUCUUCCUUUUAACAUGUUUUGGUGCUAGAAAUGAUGUUCACGUUUUUCUCACUGCUUUUUGAAAUGCCAACAUCACUUACAAACGAGCAGUCAUCAUCACUACAAUUUUUACUUUCUUCUGUGUCCUUUUAAUGUUCAGUUUGAAAACAAUUAUGCGUCUCAACAAGUAUGUGGCUUGAAAAUGUCACUAAUGUGUUUCAGAGGAAAGGGUUUUUUUGGUUCUCUUUUGUCUCUCUGUAACUCUGCGAACUCAUGUUGGUGUCUGUCUCAGGUGAUAAAGUUGAACAGCAGUGCUCAGAUCAGGUGUGCCACACUCAAAGUGGCUUGGAAAUCCAUUGAGGAUUAUAUUCCAAGUGCAAAUGUUCCCUCCUGCUGACCGAAUUAACAAGACUGUUGCCUUAUAAAGUCAUCUGGGACAUGACUGGAUGCACAUCAAGCCUAUGAAACCUCAUGAAAUGCCUUGAAGCAGAGCUGUGCUUUGCCGAUAUAUAGGACAGAUUGUGCCCUUUGGCACAUAUAGCAGGAAGUAGCAGUCAGUGGAGGCUCACUGUGUACACAGUGACUCCUUCCUAUCUGUGCAAAGUACAGAAAACCCACUGUAUAUGGUUAGAAUGGAGUUGUCUCAAAGUAUGUAAUAGUCACCAUGAGUAGACAAAUGAGUACUGGACAAAAGUGUUUAUAGAUGUUAAAGGAUAUGGUGAGUAAGCAAAAGACAAUCCCAGUCCAAGGCAGCAGUUUUAGCCAGGGACAGAAUGUGGAAGACACAACUUUUUUUGUGUUAGUCUGUCUGGUAUAUGUGAAUGUGUGCAUGCAUGUGUGUCUGGCUUUACUGAUGUGAGUGAUAGAAGGUUUUUUUCCUAGUUGCCCAGUUUCUCAUUCUAUUUCCAUUUUUGGCCAUUCUGAUAUUUAAAAGCAUAUUAAUGCUAAUUCAGUGCCUAGUGGCCAGAGGUGGCUACAGAGAGGCUGUAUUCAACUGCAUUAGACACUUAUUAUUAAUUGCAAGAAGAAAAUAGAGUGGGCAUGGGGAUUUUUAGGAUCUGUAUGUAAAGUGCAAUACUGUUUUCUCCUUUUCAUCUUAUUGUAUUUUUUUUUUUUGCCUUUUUUACUACAACAAUGUUUUCAUACAGACAACAACCUGUUGAGUUGAAGAGUUUAUAAUGAUAAUUAUUUUAAUAGUCAAAAAUUUUUAAUGCCCCGUUCAUUCUUUUUAUUCACAAAACGGCUUUGUUUGAGGCUGUGAUUGAUGAUAACCUAAGCCUUUUACUAUGAGCGCCACACAGUCAUCAUUUAACAGUUAGUGCUAUACAAGUGAAAAAAAAUUAAGUUAAAAAUUAGUUCAAAUGCUGUGAUCUUUUUUGUGGUGUUUGUAGAUCCAAUGAUAACAUGACUGCAAAAAUGUUUUUAUACAAAAUGUUUAGAAAUAUACCUUGCUACAAAUCGAGAUUCAAACAUUACACAAUUUGCUUUUCUCAUUGUUUUUUGUUCAGUUCAAGACAUUUAUUUUUACCUCCAAAAUUUAGAUUUUUUCACUUUUACUUUUUUUUAAAUUACAUUUUUAAAAAUAUAUUUCUUCAGCAGGAAGCACUGAUUAUAUUUUGUCCCAUCUCAACCUUUUGUCCUACCCACAUCAUUUCUUUUUUGUUUUAUUAAGUUGUAAAUCUGAUUUGGUAAGGAGAUUUUUUUUUAAAAAAAACUAAAACUCUUAUCUGACAUAAAAUUACAUCACCCCAUAUUGGGGAUAAUUGGAGGGCUGUUAAAGUAAUUAAUUAUUUGUAUGGUCUUGUACAAUUUGCAUUUCCGAAUAAAUCUUUCCAUUUUUA